UUUACUUCUGGGCCACAUGCACCCUCAGAUACAUAAUCAAUGACAAUGGAAAAAUAUCACUCCACAUUUCUAUGGCCAUUACCAUACUGUCAUGUUCAAACCACUGCUCCCCAACUCCACCAGCAGCCUUAUCAUUUACUUCUUCCCAAAUCCCUGUGUUGCACCUCUCAACAAUCAUUAUUGGUCAAAGAAUGAUGCUCUUUUGGUACAAAAUCUUGCACUGGCAAUUGGAGGAGCUGAUGGGCCUGCUAGACUUGCUUCAAGUGCUGCUUCUCAGGCUGCUAGAACAGCAGUAGCCCUGACAUGUGAAAUGGAUGUAGCCUUGUAUUACAAGGAGACCGAGAGCGAAAGCGAGACAAUGAGUUCAGUGGUUCGUGGUGGGGUGAGAAGAAACUGGAGGAGAAGGAGGAGGAGGAAAAGGAAGGAGCGAGAAUUCUUGGACGACGAGGUAGAAGAGAAGCUGGUUCAUUUCUGGCCUGGAAAAUCAGGGCUUUACCUGAGCCCUGAGGAAGUUGCAGAGUGUUCUUGGUACCUUAAGGAAGAGGCUAGAGUUGAAGCAGUGAGGAGGAGCAUUGAAGGAGCCGGAGAGGAUAAGCUGACGACGAAUCAGUGGGGAAAGGCUGCAGGAAUGAACACGAAAACGUUAAACAGAAUCUUGUUCAAUGCCAAGAAAUCGAAAGAAUUGAUAAUCAGAAGCUAUAAAGCACUCGUUGUAACGAUUGCCUCAUUGUAUCAAGGCAGAGGACUAAGCUUGCAGGAUCUAAUUCAGGAAGGUAGCAUUGGCCUACUUCACGGGGCAAAGAAGUUCAAUCCAGAAAGAGGGUUCAAGCUGUCAACUUAUGUUUACUGGUGGAUCAGACAAGCCAUGCUCAGAGCCAUUGCAAACAAGUCUCGAGUUAUUAGACUACCCGGGAGAGUAUCUGAGCUGGUCCCGAAGAUUUGCAACACGAACGCUGUCUUAACCAGAAAGCUGCAUAGAUUCCCUACUUACCAUGAGAUUGCAGAGGCACUGGAAAUGAAUAGUUCAACUGUCAGACUAAUUAUGCAGAGAACUAGCACUGCACCGAUUUCCUUAGACGAAGCCAUCACUCCCCGAGGCCAUGCUUCGUUGCAGAACAUAAUACCGGGGCCAGAAGACCUGACACCAGAAGAAAUGGUGAAGAAACAGCUUAUGAAGACAGAAAUACAGAACAUCCUUGGCAUGUUGUGUGACAGAGAAGCAAGUAUACUAAGAUUGUACUAUGGUCUCAAUGGCAACAGGCCUCACUCCUUUGAGGAGAUUGGAUGGUCUUUCAACCUAUCAAGAGAGAGAGUUAGGCAAAUCAGUUAUGAUGCAAUGUUCAAGUUAAGGCAUAGUAAUGUGGUAGAUGAUAUGAAAGGAUACUUGGUAUAGUGGAUAUAUCCAACAAACACUGUAUAUAAACACUAUACAAUUUAUUAAUACUAUAUCCCUUCAGAGACUGAGAGAACCA